AUGUUACCGCUUGCUGUCUCCCUUCGUCGUCUUGCUCGUCGCUCCAGUACAAUACUAUUGCGUCAUGCUGUACCCACGUCCAAUUCUUUACAAUCUGUACGCAUUGUUGCAACUGUACCAAGUUACGCAUGGUACUCCUCAUCACCUGUUAACAUGAAUACCAUCGAGAAUAUCAUUCCUCAAGUCGAAGAAACUCAAGACAUGAUCCUUGAACCACUGGAAGGUUUUAUCGAUCAAAAACCAAUUCAAGACUUUGCGUUAUCUCAAGAGACACAACGUCAUUUACUUCGUGCGGGUAUUACGCAUUUAUUUCCAGUUCAAACGCAGUCUUUUGAUUUAAUGAUGAAAGGUACCGAUAUUAUGGGUCGUUCGAAAACUGGGUCUGGUAAAACUUUGGCAUUUGCCUUACCAAUAAUUGAGACGAUUCUUGCCAAUAAAAAGGAUACACGUAACCCUCAAGCAUUGGUAUUAUUACCAACACGUGAAUUAGCCCAACAAGUGCACGAUCAAAUUCAUCGUGUUGCACCACAAUUGCGUACAAUAAAUGUCGUUGGUGGUGUAUCGUACACGUAUCAAGAAUCUCAAUUACGUCGUGGGGUUGAUAUUCUCGUUGGAACACCAGGUCGAAUUCAAGAUUUGGUGACAAAAGGCUCGUUAAUACUUGAUGAGAUUGAUAUCACAGUAUUAGAUGAAGCAGAUAUGAUGUUAAAAUUUGGUUUUCAAGAAGCUGUAGAGACACUUCUUGGAUAUAUUCGAACGGAUGGUCAAACAAUCAUGUGGUCUGCUACAUUUCCAAAGUGGGUGAAUCAAAUGGCUCAAAAGUUUCUUAAAAAUGCCGUUACGAUUGAUCUUGUUGGAACUGAUGAGAAUCAUGUACCAAAUACUGUCACACAUGAAGCAAUUCAUGCUUCAAGACAUGAUCGACUUGAAAUGUUAGCGACACUUUUACGAUUUCAUGGACAAGAUGGUCAAACUCUUGUAUUUACUGAAACAAAACAAGAAGCUGAUGAUAUUGUUAAUACAUUAGCAAGUCAAGAUGUUCGAGUGUUACAUGGAGAUUUAUCUCAAGGAAUGCGUACAACAACAAUGAAUGGAUUUCGAACUGGAAAAGUCAAGACUUUAGUCUGUACGGAUAUUGCAGCACGUGGUCUUGAUAUUGCAAAUGUUGAUCUUGUUGUACAAUAUCGUUUACCAAAUGAUAAAGAAAGUUUUGUUCAUCGUGCUGGACGUACCGGACGAGCUGGACGUUCGGGUACGAAUGUUGUGUUUUUUGAUCGAAAUGAAGCUCAUGAAAUGUUGGAUUUUCAACGACGUUAUAAAUUUCAAUUUCAACAUGUUUCCUUACCACAUCCUGAAGAAAUGAUCACACAUGCUUUAGCUGAUGUUACUAAACAACUUGGAAUGGUAUCGAAUUCAACACGUGAAUUAUUUGAUGACGUUGCGAAUCGAAUGAUUGAAGAGAAUGGAGCAAAUGGAUUAAGUGCAGCAUUAGCAGUUUUAUGUGGUUUUGAUUCCAAGAAAAUCAUGACAUUUUCAAUGCUUACAGGACGUCAUCGAAUGCAAACAAUUCAAGUGGAAGGAGAUUUGAACGCACGUGAACUUAAUCGUACACUUGUUGAUGUUCUGGACGAUCGUGCGGACAUUCAUCCACUUGAUGAUCGAACAUUUGUUUUUGAUAUUCCACAUGGGAAAUUGCAACAAUUACAAGAUCAUUUUGCAAUUGCAGCGCCAAAUGUUCAAGUCAAAGUGGCAAGUAAAUUCUCGCAACUAGUUGUGGAGAAAACAACUCAUCGAAUGAACAAUACUAUUGGUCGAUAUGGACGAAAUGGACGCAAACCUUCGCGCAACUUUACCAAUAACCGGUUUGGUCAAAGUUCAACAAAUCGAUUUGACGGGCAAAAGAAUGGACAGAACUGGAAACGCAAUGAUCGUGACCAAUACAACCGUCGAAACUCACGUCGUGACUCUGACACUUCGUUCUCCAAACCUCGAGCUUCAAAUCGAAACACUUUUGGCCGCUUUAUCGACAAAUGGUAA